GCCAAAACACAGGAGUGAAGUGUGCCCACAUGUGGACGCAACCUCUUUCAACUGCGACGAAAAAGGACAGGCAGAGAGCGUGCCGAAGUGGUCGUAAGAGUUCGUCUAAGAAGAAGCCAGGGAAAAAGAAUGUCAAGAUGCGGAUGGUUGUGUCGCGGAAAGCUUUGACCCUCAGUCUAAACGGCGUUUCGACGGCUACGCUCGACCCAGUCACCGUACAGAUGACUAUCGACGGCGUCUUGGUGAACAUGGAGCUAGACACGGGAGCGGCUGUUUCCGUCAUGUCAACGACUCAGUUCCGUCAGCUCUUUCCUUUGGCUGUACCGGAGCCCACUACAGUAAAACUUUGUACCUACACAGGAAAACUGGUACGACCCCAGGGGGUGUCCUCGGUCAACGUGCAGCACGGCGAACAUUCGGUGCGUCUUCCGCUCUACGUCGUGAACCACAAGGGACCACCUCUACUGGGCCGGGAGUGGCUACACGCCGUCCAACUAGACUGGGCGAAAAUAUGGAACCUGAAUAACAUUUCGAGGUGAGACACAACCCAUAUCAGCGUAAAAAAGAGGCUCGACUCAUUGUUGGCAAAGUACCAACCCCUUUUCAAAGACGAGUUAGGUACGACAACGAAAGAGCGCGCCGAACUUUUUCU